AUGGUUGGUAGAAAUGAUCGUGCGAUUGCUAAUGCUCUUCAAGCAUUAGCACAAGCUAUGAAUAAUAAUAAUAGGGCUGAGGUCGCUCCUAACUGGUUGGAGCAAUUUCAACGAAAUCACCCACCUACCUUUAAAGGAGGAUAUGACCCAGAUGCUGCUAUGAAUUGGCUAACUGAGAUUGAAAAGAUCUUCAAUGUCAUGGAUUGUCCCCUUACUCAAAAGGUGAAGUUGGCGACCUUCAUGUUGACUGCUAAUGCUCACUUUUGGUGGGAAGGAGCACUUCGAAGGAUGAUUGAUGGAGGGGUGCACUUGAAUUGGGACAACUUCAAGAAGGCUUUUCUUGAGAAAUAUUUUCUGGAUGAUGUAAGGAGUCGGAAAGAAAUGGAAUUUCUUGAGCUGAAUCAAGGGAACAACACAGUGGUAGAGUAUGCUGCCAAAUUUGAUGCUUUGGUCCGUUAUUGUACACACUACCAUUGUGAGGGUGGUGAAAGGGCUAAAUGUAUAAAAUUUGUAAAUGGUCUGCGUCCUGAAGUGAAAAUUGCAAUUAACUAUCAGGAGAUAUAUCAUUUUUCCACUCUGGUCAAUAAAUGUAGCAUUUAUAAUCGUGACAACCGUGAUCGUGCUGCUUUCUAUAAAGGAGUUGGAGGUCCUAUCCGUGCUGUGAGAUCUAGUACUUCGGGUAGGAGUAAGCCUUACUCCGCUCCUAUUACUAGAUUUCAAGGGAGUAAAGCUGCUACUAAUAAAAACAAGUCAUUUACAAGAGGAUCUAUUGUUAGUGCUACUGGAAGUGUUGGAGGGUCUGUAUCCACUCUGCUAUAG